GAGUGACUCAUGCUGCAAAGCUGAAAAAGGUUGGUUUUUCUCCUUUAAAAAAAAAAGUGCAAAAAAUGUAGAAAAUUUAAAGAUGGAAAUAUAGAGUGCCUUUUCGGGAGUUAGUCAAAUGUCUUUUUCCGUGCUGCUAAUUUUACAGUUUACAGGAACAGGCAAUUAUUGCCUCAUAAACUCACCUUGCACUAAAAGACAUCAAAAUAUGCCUACAGCAGGUCUUGGGAUGGCUCUGGAGCCCAACCUGCCAGUCACCUUCCGGGGAUAAGCAGGAGUGUAAUGUAGAAAAAACAUUUUAAUGUGAAAACAGAAAAUGGCUUCAAGAGGAACAACGGAGACCAGUAAACUAAAACAAAACCUGGAGGAGCAGCUGGACAGAUUAAUGCAGCAACUUCAAGAUCUGGAAGAAUGCAGAGAGGAGCUAGAUGCAGAUGAGUACGAAGACACCAAGAAAGAAACUCUGGAGCAGCUGAGUGAGUUCAAUGACUCCCUGAAGAAGAUUAUGUCUGGAGAUAUGACUUUGGUGGAUGAGCUCAGUGGCAUGCAACUGGCAAUACAAGCAGCCAUCAGCCAAGCAUUUAAAACUCCAGAAGUCAUUAGAAUGUUUGCAAAGAAGCAGCCAAGACAAUUGAGGACAAGGCUGGCAGAGAUGGACAGAGACUUGAUGGUUGGGAAGUUGCCACGAGACCUGUACACCCAACAGAAACUGGAAAUCCUGACUGCCCUCAGAAAGCUUGGUGAGAAGCUCACUGGUGAUGAUGAGAUGUUCUUGUCCACAAAUGCUGGUACAGCCCUGAGCCAAUUUGAGAGAGUCUCCACUGACCUUGGGUCAGGAGACAAAGUCUUUGCUCUUGCAAGUGUUGAAGUAGAAAAGGCAAAACAAUGAAGAGGUUCAUGAGGCUCAUGUCUCCAGUUAUCAGCAGCAUUGGAUUUUGGUGAUACUGCGUUUGGUUUUUCUGUUUCUAGCAUGUUGAAAAAAAGCAAAACAAAACAAAAAACCCAAGCCCUAAACUUCUUGGGUCCUUAACCAGAAGAUACAAAGUAAACAGCCUUAAGUGCACUUUGGAACCUUGGUGUCUGUACCCUUUAAUAAUACAAGCUCUGAGGCUGAGCACUAAGAGGAAUUCUAAAACAAAAGCAUGGUAUGACUGUCUUUGGAAAGAGGCAGCUCUUUUGAACUUCUCUGAAUGUGUAUUUCUCUAACAAUUAAAACUUAAUCUUUUUGCA